CAACUGAGGGGGGGGUCAACGUUUUAAGGGUCGGCGAAGUGAAAAGGCGCUGGGGAGGAAAUGAAAAACACGCUCGGUGACAUACGUGGCUUCACGUUUUGCUCGCCUACAAGGAUGGUGGCAGCUCUGCUAUUUAUUUUGCUUUGCAUGCAGUCAGCACACAGCCAGACAUGCACAGAUGGCUUCAGAUACGACCGCAGGUCAAGACAGUGUAUAGACGAGGACGAGUGCCGGACACUUCCUAACCCAUGCAGGGGCGACAUGCGUUGCGUCAACCAGAACGGGGGCUAUCUAUGCCUGCCCCGCGGUCUCUACAACCAGCCUUAUGGGUCUGACCAACCCCAGGUGCCGCAGGUGCAGCAGCCUGACACAGUCUACACGGGGCGCGGUGGCGGCGGUGGGGGCGUGACGUCCGCAGGAGCACCGGAUAGCUACGUGCCGGCCCCACCAAGGUCGGCUGAGCCCAGCUACCCGCAAGUUAGCUACACGGUGCCGUGCAUCCUGGGUUACUUGCUGGCGGAUGACGGUACCUGCAAUGACAUUGACGAAUGUGUGAGCAACUCCCACCACUGUAACCCCACCCAGGUGUGCAUCAACACGGAGGGGGGAUACACCUGCUCUUGUACUGAAGGCUUUUGGCUCAUCGGGGGCCAGUGUCAGGAUAUCGACGAGUGUCGCUACGGGUACUGCCAGCAGCUGUGUGCCAACGUGCCGGGCUCGUAUUCCUGCUCGUGUAACCCAGGCUUCGUCCUCACCUCGGACAACCGCAGCUGCGUAGACGUGGACGAGUGUGCGGAUGAACCGUGCAGUCACGGCUGCCUCAACAACCACGGCUCCUUCAUGUGCAACUGCGACGAAGGCUUCGAACUGGGGGCUGACGGAACCACCUGCAAUGACGUGGACGAGUGCAGCUUCUCUGAAUUCUUGUGCCAGCACCGAUGCUUGAACACUCCAGGCUCCUUCAAUUGUCUCUGCCCGCCCGGCUACUAUGUCUACGAGGACGGCCGCAGUUGUGAAGAUAUCAAUGAAUGUGAGAGUGGUAACCACACCUGUACAACAGAACGAGUCUGUUUCAAUUUCCAGGGAGGCCACACGUGCUUGGCUCCUUUACAGUGUCCGCCUCAUUACGUUGACGCGGGUGACAAUCAGUGCAUGUGCACAACUGGCAACCCCGCGUGCAGGGACCAGCCCUUCACCAUCCUCUACCGGCACAUGGACUUGUCUUCCGGGCGAAGCGUGCCCGCAGACAUCUUCCAGAUGCAGGCCACUACACGCUACCCGGGCGCCUUCUAUAUCUUCCAGAUCAAGUCGGGCAACGACGGACAAGAGUUCUACAUGAGGCAAACCAGCAACAUGAGCGCCACGCUGGUGCUGUCGCGGCCCAUCUCUGGUCCCCGAGAGGUGGUCCUGGACCUGGAGAUGGUGACGGUCAACAACGUAAUCAACUUCCGCGGCAGCUCCAUCAUCCGGCUGACCAUCUUUGUGUCGGAGCACCCCUUCUGACGCGCCGCGAUGGUCGGGAAGACGGCCGACGGACGGAACGCGCCCCGCCCCGCCUUAAUGGACUCAUAACGACGGACACUUUGGCGGGAUGCGUCCGGUGUACAAUUUCUGGCAUCCUCUUUUUAGAAGCACCGCAAACGUUGUAUUCUCAUCACCGCCGCUGCUGCAUCUUCUUCCCUUCAGAUCAGCUGUGAACCAGACUUUUAUUGUCAAAUAUGAUUUAAUGAUUGCAAUAAAUGUCUGUGUUAUCAGGCCGCUGAAACCACC